AUGGAGGGUGCUGUGGACUACAUGCGGGACGUCCCGCUGCUCGCACUUUCCCCCGUGGAUGGGCGGUACAAGUCGAACACCGCCCCGCUGCGCGCGUACUUCUCGGAGUACGCCUUCUUCAAGUACCGUGUACGGGUGGAGGUGGAGUACUUUGUUGCCCUCUGUAAGGAGGUGCCGGCGAUUGCGCCGCUGCGGGGGGUGACGGAGGCGCAGCUGCUGCAGCUGCGCGAGACUGCGGUGAAUCGUUUCUCUGUUGCGGACGCCGAGGAUAUUAAAAAGAAGGAGCGGGUGACGAACCACGACAUCAAGGCAGUGGAGUACUUCCUGAAGGAGCGGAUGGAAAGCUGCGGUCUCGCACAUGUCUCGGAGUUUGUGCACUUUGGCCUGACGUCGCAGGACAUCAACAACACGGCGAUUCCAAUGAUGCUGCGUGACGCCAUCUUGGCUACGUACGUUCCCGCGUUGGAUACCCUGCUGCAAACGCUGGAGGGAAAGCUUAGCGAGUGGGACAUGCCGAUGCUUGCGCGUACACACGGCCAGCCGGCGUCCCCGACAAACCUUGCGAAGGAGUUUAUGGUGUGGAUUGAGCGGCUGAAGGAGCAGCGUCGGCAGUUGUUGGAGGUUCCCGCCAGCGGCAAGUUCGGUGGGGCGACCGGCAACUUCAAUGCUCACCUUGUGGCGUACCCCAAUGUGAACUGGCGCAGCUUCGGGGAUAUGUUUCUCGCCAAGUACCUGGGCCUCAAGCGUCAGCAGUGCACCACGCAGAUUGAACACUACGACAACCUGGCCGCUCUCUGCGAUGCCUGUGCGCGGCUGCACGUGAUCCUCAUCGACCUCUGUCGCGACGUCUGGCAGUACAUCUCGAUGGGGUUCUUUUACCAGGAGGUAAAGGAGGGGGAGGUGGGCAGCAGUGCGAUGCCGCACAAGGUGAACCCCAUCGACUUUGAAAACGCGGAGGGCAAUCUCUCUGUGAGCAACGCCCUGCUAAAGUUCUUAGCCGCCAAACUGCCUGUCUCACGCCUGCAGCGCGACCUGACAGAUAGCACUGUGCUGCGAAACUUGGGGGUGCCAAUCGGUCAUGCCUGCAUCGCCUUCGCCUCCAUCGGACGCGGGCUUGGGAAGCUGCUGGUGCACCGCGAGACCAUCGAGAAGGACCUGUCGGCCAACUGGGCAGUGGUGGCGGAGGGCAUCCAGACGAUCCUUCGUCGCGAGGGCUACCCGAAGCCGUAUGAAGCGCUGAAGGAGUUGACGCGCGGCAACCGUGAGGUGACGCGGGAGACGGUGCGCGAGUUCAUCAGUGGGCUUACGGGCAUCUCGGAGGAUGUGCGAGGCGAGCUGCUGGCCAUCACCCCCUUCUCGUAUGUGGGUCAUGUGCCAUCGCACGUGUGA